AUGGGCAGCAAGAGCUGGAGCUGGGCUCUGGUCUGGGCCUCUGUGGCCUUGCUCAUGGUGUGGCCAGCAGAGAGCCUGGGUCAGGAAAAGCUGAACUUGGAACACGGAGAACUCACUGGAGAUGGUAAGAAAAUGAUUAGUGCCCCCACGUCUUCGUCCAUGCAGUAUCUCACCUUCAUCCCACCCAUCACUGUCUUUCCUACCAUGAGCCCUUUAAAACAGGCACACAAUGGGAGAGUGUGCAGCACAUGGGGUGACUUCCACUAUAAGACCUUCGACGGUGACGUGUUCCGCUUCCCUGGCUUCUGUAACUACGUCUUCUCUUCCCACUGUGGGGCCGCUUACGAGGACUUCAAUAUCCAACUGCGUCGUGGUCUUGAGGGUUCCAGGCCCGUGGUCACCCAUGUGGUCCUCAAGGCCCAGGGGCUGGUGAUCGAGCUAUUCAAUGACUCUGUCCUGAUGGGUGGACGGCGGGAGGAGCUGCCCUAUAGCCGUGCGGGCCUUCUGAUGGAAAAGAGCAGCGGCUAUGUGAAGAUUGUCAUCCGAAUGGUCCUCACCUUCCUGUGGAACAAAGACAGUGCCCUGCUGGAGCUGGACUCCCAAUAUGCCAACCAGACGUGUGGGCUGUGCGGCGACUUCAACGGGCUCCCAGCUGUCAACGAGUUCUACGCCCACAACACUAGGCUGACUCCAAUACAGUUUGGAAACCUGCAGAAGCUGGAUGGUCCUACAGAGCAGUGCCAGGAUCCCCUGCCCUCAGCUGUCAACAACUGCACAGAUAAGGAGGACCUCUGCCGCCACAUCCUGCUUGGCCCUGCCUUUGCUGAGUGCAUUGCCCUGGUAGAUGUCAAUGUGUACUUAGAUGCCUGCGUCCAGGACCUGUGCCGCUGUCCCACAUGCCCAUGCGCCACUUUCGCUGAAUAUUCCCGUCAGUGUGCUCAUGCAGGGGGCCACCCACAGAACUGGAGGAGCUCUGAUUUCUGCAACUGGCCAUGCCCUCUCAACAUGGAACACCGGGAGUGCAGCUCACCCUGUGUGGACACCUGCUCCAACCCACAGCACUCUCAUCUCUGCGAGGACCACUGCACGGACGGCUGCUUCUGUUCACCAGGCACUGUGCUGGAUGACAUCAGACACCAGGGUUGCGUCCCCCUGGAGCAGUGCCACUGCACCCACGGUGGCCACACUUAUGCCCCCGGAGAGUCCUUCAACACCAGCUGCAGCUCCUGCACCUGCUUCGGGGGACUGUGGAAGUGCCAGGACCUGCCAUGCCCCGGCACCUGCUCUGUGCAAGGCGGGUCCCACAUCUUCACCUAUGAUAAGAAACCCUACAAUGUGCAUGGAGACUGCAGCUACAUCCUGACCAAGAAAUGUGGAAAUAGCAGCUUCACUGUCCUGGCUGAUCUGCGGAAAUGUGGAGUGACGGACACCGAGAACUGCCUCAAAGCAGUGACACUCAAUAGCGGGGGCACGGUCAUCCGGAUCCAGGAAAACAGGGCUGUGUUCCUGAACUCUAUUUUUACCCAGCUGCCGCUGUCAACAGGCAACAUCACCAUCUUCAGUCCAACCUCCUUCUUCAUCAUAGUGGAGACGGGCAUGGGGCUGCAGCUUCAAGUGCAGACGGUGCCCCUCAUGCAGGUGUUUGUCCGGCUGGACCCCUCCUACCACGGCCAGAUGUGCGGCCUGUGUGGAAACUUCAACCAGAACCAGGCUGACGACUUCACAGUGUUCAGUGGAGUGGUGGAGGGCACAGGAGCAGCCUUCUCCAACACCUGGAAGGCUCAGCCCUCCUGCCCCAACUCAAAGAACACCUAUGAGGACCCCUGCUCCUACAGCGUGGAGAACGAGAAGUUUGCCCAGGAGUGGUGUUCCAUGCUUACUGAAACCUCAGGAGUUUUCUCGGCCUGCCACGCCACGGUCAGCCCAGUGCCCUUCUACUCGAACUGCAUUUUUGACACAUGCAACUGUAGAAACAGUGAGGACUGCAUGUGUGCGGCCCUGUCCUCCUAUGUGUUUGCCUGUGCUGCCAACGGUGUGCUGCUCAGCGACUGGAGGGAUAGAAUCUGUUACAACUACAUGAGUGAGUGUCCCCAAACCAAGGACUACUUCUAUUCGGUGAGUACUUGUGAGCCUACCUGCCGCUCUCUGAGUGAGGCCGACGUCACCUGCGGCAUCUCCUUUGUGCCCGUGGAUGGAUGUGCCUGCCCUGAAGACACCUUCCUGGAUGACAAAGGCUACUGUGUGCCCAAAGAGGAGUGCCCCUGUUACUUCCACGGAACGCCAGUGGCUCCCACAGAGAUUCUGCUAGACAAUGGUGCAGUGUGCUCGUGUGCAAAUGGGAAGUUUACCUGCCUGGGAGCCCUGAUGCAGAGAACCCCAGCGUGCAAGGAGCCUAUGGUAUACCUGGAUUGUAACAAUGCCACAGAUGGUGUCCAAGGGGCUGAAUGCCUCAGAAGCUGCCACACCCUGGAUGUGGACUGUUUCAGCACACACUGUGUCUCGGGCUGCGUGUGCCCCUCGGGGCUGGUGGCAGAUGGGAAUGGGGGCUGCAUUGCUGAGGAGGACUGUCCCUGCGUACACAAUGAGGCCACCUAUAAACCUGGGGAGAUCAUCCGGGUAGAUUGCAACAACUGCACCUGCAGGAACCGCCGGUGGGAGUGUACUGACCAGCCCUGCAUGGGUGGAUGCGUGGCCUAUGGGGAUGGCCACUUUGUCACCUUUGAUGGUGAACGCUACAUCUUCGAAGGCAGCUGCGAGUAUACCUUGGCUCAGGAUUACUGCAGAGGCAACUCCAGUACUGAUGGGACCUUCCGUAUUGUCACUGAAAAUGUCCCUUGUGGGACCACAGGAACCACCUGCUCCAAGGCCAUCAAGAUCUUUUUGGAGAACUAUGAGCUGAUUCUCCAUGAAGGGAACUUCAAGGUGGUAGAAAGAGGGUCAAGUGGGGACAUUCCAUACAAGAUCAGAUUCAUGGGCGUCUUCCUGGUCAUCGAGAUCCGCAGUGGGAUAGUCGUGUCCUGGGACAGGAAGACCAGCGUGUUUGUCCGACUGCAGCAGCAUUACAAGGGCAGGGUCUGUGGCCUGUGUGGGAACUUUGACGACAACGCCAUCAAUGACUUCACCACACGCAGCCAGUCUGUGGUGGGCGAUGUGCUGGAGUUUGGAAAUAGCUGGAAAUUCUCCCCAUCCUGCCCGGAUGCCCCGGUGCCCAAGGACCCCUGCACAGCCAACCCUUACCGCAAGUCCUGGGCCCAAAAGAAGUGCAGUAUCAUCAACAGUGCGACCUUCGCUGCCUGCCACUCUCAGGUUGAUGCUACGAAAUACUAUGAAGCCUGCGUGCACGAUGUGUGUGCCUGCGACUCGGGGGGCGACUGUGAGUGUUUCUGCACUGCCGUGGCCGCCUAUGCCCAGGCCUGCCUUGACGUGGGUGUGUGCCUGUCCUGGAGGACCCCUGACAUCUGCCCUCUUUUCUGCGACUACUACAACCCUCAUGGGGAAUGUGAAUGGCAUUACCAGCCCUGUGGAGCCCCCUGUCUGAAGACCUGUCGGAACCCAGCUGGACACUGCCUUGCUGACCUGUCAGGCCUGGAAGGCUGCUAUCCAGAGUGCCCACCCAGCCAGCCUUUCUUCAACGAGGACCAGAUGAAGUGUGUGGCCCAGUGUGGCUGCUACGAUGAUGGCGGAAACUACCAUGAUAUCGGCACAGAGGUCCCUACAGCUGAGAAUUGCCAAAGCUGCCUCUGCACCUCUGAGGGCCUCCAGUGCACUCACGACCUUACAGCCUGCACAUGCGUCUAUGAGGGUCAUACCUACCACUACAAUGAUGUUAUCUACAACACCACGGAUGGCCUCGGGGCCUGCUUAGUGGCCAUCUGCAAAGAAAACGGGACUAUAACACGCACCACUGAAGAGUGCCCUGAAGUGACGCCUACCACACCCUUCACAUUCACCACCACGCUGGCACCCCUUACCACAACAGGCUCAGCUCGUUCUGCGUCCACUGUGUGUGUCCAUGAAGUCUGCCGCUGGUCCAUUUGGUAUGAUGAGAACCGUCCAGAGCCUGGCAUGACAGGUGGGGACUUUGAAACAUUAGAGAACCUGAGGCACAAAGGGUACCAGGUGUGUCAAACUCCUUCUGCCAUUGAGUGUCGUGCAAAGGAUUUCCCCAGCAUGGACUUACAGGAGCUGGGUCAGAAGGUGAACUGUAAUCAAUCCUGGGGGCUUAAAUGCAUCAACAGUGAGCAGAGUCCCCCGCUCUGCCACAACUAUGAGCUGAGGGUUCUGUGCUGUGAUUAUGUGCCCUGUAGCUCCUCUACGACAUGGAGCACAAGUACUACUCACUCCCAGCUUGAGAUCAGUACAAAGCCCUCUUCUUCCACUCUGAGCACUCGCACAGCAGCCUCCCUGGAAACGAGCCAAACAGUGCCAUUCACUUCAGAAAGCAGGGCCACUUCACAUCCUGUGUCGUCCACACACCCAGUCAGCAGCCCCGGGGGCUCCACCCCCUGCCAGCCCCAGUGUCGAUGGACAAGGUGGAUAGACACCAACUACCCCACGUCUGACAUCGAGGGGGGAGACAUCGAGACGUACGAGAGCAUCAGGGCCGCUGGAAUACACGUCUGUGAGCAUCCUCAGGCCAUCAAGUGCGUGGCCCAGAACUUCCCUGAAAUGAGCCUGGACAUCUUGGGCCAGGAGGUGAACUGUGAUGUCAGCUUCGGCCUGGUGUGCCACAACCGGGACCAGAAGGGCGAUUUCCCGAUGUGUUACAACUACAUGAUCAGUGUGCUGUGCUGCACUGCCAGCCACUGCCAGGGCCCCACCACCACUGGGCCGACCCCGACGCCGGGAACGGCCACCUCUACUACCCAGACCCUGUCCUCCAGGCCUCAUCCCAGCACUAGUCAGGUUGAGUCCCGGUCUCCAUCAGGCUCCAGCACCAGCUCCCACGUCUCAGAGGUGACCACACCCGGGACCCUGGUGACAAGCGUGUCACCCCCACCCAGCACUCCACUGACAGCCGCCUCAGUGAGCACUCCGCAUCCAGAAUCCUCCGGCAGCACAUCAGUGGUGACGACCAGGUCCACCUCUCAAGGGCACACCCUGACUCCCAGCAGUCCCCACACCACCCACACAUUCUCAGUAACAACCCCAAGGACGUCCCAGUCCAGCGGGGCAACCAUCUCUACCUCCCUGACCACACCUGGACCCUCCAGUACUCCCGGGGGCUCCACCCCCUGCCAGCCCCAGUGUCGAUGGACAAGGUGGAUAGACACCAACUACCCCACGUCUGACAGGGAGGGGGGAGACAUCGAGACGUACGAGAGCAUCAGGGCCGCUGGAAUACACGUCUGUGAGCAUCCUCAGGCCAUCAAGUGCGUGGCCCAGAACUUCCCUGAAAUGAGCCUGGACAUCUUGGGUCAGGAGGUGAACUGUGAUGUCAGCUUCGGCCUGGUGUGCCACAACCGGGACCAGAAGGGCGAUUUCCCGAUGUGUUACAAUUACAUGAUCAGUGUGCUGUGCUGCACUGCCAGCCACUGCCAGGGCCCCACCACCACUGGGCCGACCCCGACGCCGGGAACGGCCACUACGGCCACCCAGACCCUAAAUUCUAAGCCUCAUCCAAACACUAGUCUAUCUGUGACCAGGACCCACUCGGCCUCCACCACAGUAGCGACAGGCCUCUCAACAAGUCUAACAGGCUCGAGCCACAGCACCACCCUUGUUACAUCCCCUGGCAGGAGUUCCCCACAUGUUUCGAGUGCCAAGGGAACCAGCAGCCCAGGAGGGGUCUCCUCCAUCCAUACAACGCUCACGAUCUCGCCUGAGACAUUACAGUCGACACCUGCCUUGACAACAAAGCAAACUUCAUCAGCUGGAAUCUGGACAACAAUUCCUACUAGUACAGCAGGCACUGUCUCCUCAACCCCUCUGCCCACGAGCCAGGAGUUGACUACAAGCAUAAAAGAGCUGCCCACCAGCACACCAAUGUCAUACAUGCUACCAGUAACCAGGUCUAAUGACACCACCACCCAGAGUACAACGACACACUGCCAGCCCAAGUGUAAGUGGACCGAAUGGUUUGAUGUGGACUCGCCAACCUCAGGAGCAGUGAAAGGGGACAUGGAGACCUAUGAAAACAUCAGAGCCUCCGGUAAGGAGAUAUGCCAGGCGCCAGAGAAGAUUGAGUGUCGGGCAGAGAACUACCCUGCCGUGAGCAUUGAUAAGGUGGGCCAGGUAGUAACCUGCAGCCUGGAGACGGGGCUGGUCUGUAAAAACGAGGACCAGACAGAUGAUUUCAAAAUGUGCUUCAACUACGGUAUCCGUGUCCUUUGCUGCGAUGACUACAGCCACUGCCUCAGCACCACUUCAGUACCACCUACACUUACCACGAAUACGCCUAAAGUCAGCGAAGAGGUCUCCACCAUGGCCACCAGCUCAUCAGCAAGACAAGGGCACUCCACCAAAGCAACCACCUCCCCAGAGACUGCACGAAGCCUAACUACCAACACUAUCCACACAGGAUCUGCACCUUCCACACACCCAGUCAGCAGCCCCGGGGGCUCCACCCCCUGCCAGCCCCAGUGUCGAUGGACAAGGUGGAUAGACACCAACUACCCCACGUCUGACAUCGAGGGGGGAGACAUCGAGACGUACGAGAGCAUCAGGGCCGCUGGAAUACACGUCUGUGAGCAUCCUCAGGCCAUCAAGUGCGUGGCCCAGAACUUCCCUGAAAUGAGCCUGGACAUCUUGGGCCAGGAGGUGAACUGUGAUGUCAGCUUCGGCCUGGUGUGCCACAACCGGGACCAGAAGGGCGAUUUCCCGAUGUGUUACAACUACAUGAUCAGUGUGCUGUGCUGCACUGCCAGCCACUGCCAGGGCCCCACCACCACUGGGCCGACCCCGACGCCGGGAACGGCCACCUCUACUACCCAGACCCUGUCCUCCAGGCCUCAUCCCAGCACUAGUCAGGUUGAGUCCCGGUCUCCAUCAGGCUCCAGCACCAGCUCCCACGUCUCAGAGGUGACCACACCCGGGACCCUGGUGACAAGCGUGUCACCCCCACCCAGCACUCCACUGACAGCCGCCUCAGUGAGCACUCCGCAUCCAGAAUCCUCCGGCAGCACAUCAGUGGUGACGACCAGGUCCACCUCUCAAGGGCACACCCUGACUCCCAGCAGUCCCCACACCACCCACACAUUCUCAGUAACAACCCCAAGGACGUCCCGGUCCAGCGGGGCAACCAUCUCUACCUCCCUGACCACACCUGGACCCUCCAGUACUCCCGGGGGCUCCACCCCCUGCCAGCCCCAGUGUCGAUGGACAAGGUGGAUAGACACCAACUACCCCACGUCUGACAGGGAGGGGGGAGACAUCGAGACGUACGAGAGCAUCAGGGCCGCUGGAAUACACGUCUGUGAGCAUCCUCAGGCCAUCAAGUGCGUGGCCCAGAACUUCCCUGAAAUGAGCCUGGACAUCUUGGGCCAGGAGGUGAACUGUGAUGUCAGCUUCGGCCUGGUGUGCCACAACCGGGACCAGAAGGGCGAUUUCCCGAUGUGUUACAACUACAUGAUCAGUGUGCUGUGCUGCACUGCCAGCCACUGCCAGGGCCCCACCACCACUGGGCCAACCCCGACCCCGGGAACGGCCACUACCCCAAGACUCUCUAGCGCUAUCACAAACAUUUCUUGGGCUACUUCCACAACCCUCACCAGCACUCCAGCUGCUUCCAUGCCCACAAGUCCUCCCAAGGAAUCUCAGACCUCAUCUCUGCGGAGGACCAGAACUACAGACGUCCCCACUCUGUCUUCUACUUCCACAGGCUGCAAGCCUCGGUGUAUCUGGACAGACUGGCUAGACCAGAGUUUCCCCAUACCUGGGAGCUCUGGGGGGGAGUUUGAGACCUAUGCCAAUAUUAGAGCAGCUGGAGUUGCCAUAUGUGAAAAGCCCCUGGACAUAGAAUGUGGCACUGUGGAUCAGCCCAACGUGCCUCUGCAAGUGGUCAACUGCAGUCUGGAUUUUGGCCUGGUGUGCAGGAACCUGGAGGGGCGCCUUAGUACAUGCCCCAACUACCGUAUCCGUGUGCUUUGCUGUAAUGACUACAGCCACUGUCCUAGCACCUCUUCCAGCACCAUCAAGUCAGCCAUGCCCUGGUCUACCCACACUCCCCUGAUCCCUUCCACAGCCUCAGUGUCCUUAAGCCCUGAGACCACCUUUCAGACCAACCGCCCCUUCAGCACUACAGCGCUAAGCACCCAAGCAUUCACAUGGACCACGUCUCGUCACUCGGGCUGUGCACCUCGGUGCAUGUGGACAGACUGGUUCGACGCAGACUUCCCUAACCCUGGCCCCAGAGGCGGAGAUUUCGAGGUCUACGCAGUGUUACGUGAGGUUGGCUUUGUCUUCUGUGAGCAGCCCAAGAACAUCCAGUGCCGCUCCGAGAAGGAGCCGGACCGACCCCUGGAAACCCUAGAGCAGGUGGUCCUGUGUGACGUGCGAUUUGGGCUGAUAUGCAAAAAUAUCAACCAAUCGGGGCCUUUGCAGUACUGUGACAACUACCACGUGCGCUUCCUCUGCUGUGACAACUACAGCCACUGCACCACUUCACCCCUGGCCACCACCUCCAUGGCUGCCGCUCCUUCUACCUCUCACCUGUUGUCUAAUCGCACCACCACAGUUUUGACUACCAUGACUUCUUUACCUGUGGUCACUAGCUCCAUCACGCUCCCCUCCUCCUCCCCGGUGUCUACUCACACCUCUCCAGUCUUGACCACCGAGACUUCGCCUGUAGCCACUGUCCCCACCGUGGUCCCCUCCUCUACCUCAGGGACCACUCACACCUCUGAAGUUUCCCCCAGCAGGCAGGUGACCUUCAGCGUGUCUACUGAGUUGCCCUCAAGCCUCAGUACCCUCAGGCCUACUGUCUUUUCCAGCCAAGCAUCUUCCCCGUCCCCCUGUUUCUGCCAGGCAUUUGGACAGCUGUUCUCACCUGGGGAUGUCAUCUACAAUAAGACUGAUGGGGCUGGCUGUCAAUUCUAUGCCAUCUGCAACCAGGACUGUGAUGCUGACCGCUUCCAGGGUACCUGCCCCUCCUCUUCACCUCCAGUGCCCUCUACCCCUUCGCCUUCGUCUCCCCUGCCUCCUGGCUGUGAUGAUGCCAUCCCUCCCCGGAAGGUGAAUGAGUCUUGGACCCUGGAGAACUGCACAGUGGCCGUGUGCCAGGGCAACAACCAAAUCAUCCUCCUAGAGCCCGAGCCUGUGGAUAAUGUCACCUGUGUCAACAAGCACUUGCCCAUCAAAGUGUGGGACCAGGAGCCUUGCCGCUUCCACUAUGAGUGUGAAUGCUUCUGCAGUGGAUGGGGGAACUCACACUACCUGACAUUUGAUGGCACCUCCUAUACUUUCCCGGACAACUGUACCUCGGUGCUCAUGAGAGAGAUCCACCCUCGCCAUGGCAACCUGAGCAUUCUUGCUCAUAGAUACUACUGUGGGGCUACCAGCAACGUCACCUUCUGUCCCCGUGCCCUCAGUGUGUACUACAACUCCAUGGAGAUUGUCCUCACCAUCACCACCACUGUCAGUGGGAAGGAGGAGAGCCUGAUUAUAUGGGACCAAAUGUGGAUAAGUUCAGGCUUCAGUAAGAAUGGUGUGACUGUGUCCUUGAGUGGGGCCACCACGAUGAGUGUCAACAUUUCCACCAUUGGCACCACCAUCAUCUUUGAUGGGCACAUCUUCCAGAUAUGGUUGCCCUACAGAUACUUCAGCAACAAUACUGAGGGCCAGUGUGGUACCUGCACAAACAGCCAGACAGACGACUGCCGCCGGCCUGACGGCACCAUAGCUUCCAACUGCCAGGACAUGGCCAAAGACUGGCUGGUGCCUGGGAAAAGCAACAAUGACUGCUUAGCUCAGCCUAGCCCUUCCCCAAGCACCACUCCCCAGUCCCUAGUGUCCAGCACAGCCACCUCUACUCCAUGCCCCUCUGUACCACUCUGUGAGCUGAUGCUGAGCCAGGUUUUUGCCGAGUGCCACAGACUCAUCCCUCCAGACACCUUCUUCAGAGCUUGUAUCAGUGACCACUGCAAUGACAACUCCACUGACACACUCUGUCAGAGCCUGGAGGCCUAUGCAGCACUCUGCCGGACCCAGGGCGUAUGCACUGACUGGCGCAAUGCCACUGGAGGGCUGUGUGACCUCUCCUGUCCAUCCACUAAGGAGUACAGGCCUUGUGGACCCCUGCAUCCAGUAUCCUGCAGCUCCAGGACCCUGAACAUUUCAACUGAGAUGCUGGCGGAAGGCUGCUUCUGCCCUGAGAAUCAGCUCCUCUUCAACUCACGCAUGGACAUCUGUGUGCCAGAGUGCCCCUGCGUGGGACCAGAUGGGCUACCCAAGUUUCCUGGAGAACACUGGAUCAGCAACUGCCAGGCCUGUGUAUGCGACCCCAGCUCUGUGUCGGUGCAGUGCAAGCCAGUGCAGUGCGAGAACCAGGAUGGGCUCACACAGUGCACAGAAGCCGGCUUUGUGACUGUGACCAGGCCAAGUGCAGACAAUCCCUGCUGCCCAGAGACACUGUGUGUCUGCAAUGUAAGCACCUGCCCCAAUAGUCUUCCUACGUGUGAGCCAGGCCACGAGCUGAUCCACACCCAUGAGAAUGGCAGCUGCUGUCCCAACUCCAGCUGUCGACCCAAGUUGUGUACAUACAAUGACACCAUGUAUGGGGUCGGUGCAGUCUUCCAAGGGAAUGCCCCAUGCCAGACAUGCACCUGCUCCUCCGAGAGCAACCACGAACCAAAAGUAGAAUGUAGAGAGAUCCUUUGUAGCACCACCUGUCCCAAGGGCUUCAACUACAGGCUGAUGCCAGAGAAGUGCUGCGGGCAGUGUGUGCAGGAUGCCUGCCUCACACCAGAGGGUCAGGCAGUACAGCUCAAUGAAACCUGGGUGAACAGUCAGGUGGAUAACUGCACUGAGUACCACUGUAGGACUGAGAAUGGAAUCUAUGUUCUGACCCCAACCCCUGCACAUUGCCCUGAUGUAUCCAACUGUAGGGGAACCCUAAGGAAAACCGGUUGCUGUUACUCCUGUGAAAAAGAGGACUCAAGGACAUGUCAAGUGCAUGUAAACACAACCAUCUUGCGGCAUAAAGGCUGUGAAAAAACCGUCAACAUCACCUUCUGUGAGGGUUCCUGCUCUGGAAUGUCCAAGUACUCCAUGGAGGCUCAGGCUGUGGAGCAUCAGUGCACCUGCUGUCAGGAGAGCAAGGUCCAUGAUGUAGCUGUGACCAUGCAGUGUCCCGAUGGUACAGUCAUCCAGCACACCUAUUCGCACAUCGACGAGUGCAGCUGUUCCCUGGCCUGCAGCUUCCUGCCUAUGACUCCCAGGAACACUCCCUAGAGCCCACUGCUGGAAGGCAAUUGUGUCCCCCAACCCCUCAUGUCCCUCCACCUGGAGCAGAACCUGUACAACUGACCGUGAAAACCUUAGGUAGGCAUUCUCCAGGAGGCCCACAGCUUGCCCUCUGUGGCUCCCACUGCCUCUGCUCCACCCUCUGCCUGCCACUCAGUGAAACCAGAAUAAC